UGCAGGAGGUGAAGGAGGCAGGAGAUCCUCAGGAGUUUUACCUCUCCUCCUUUUUUCUCCCUCCACUCGGAAACUGUUUCCACGAAAUUCUUCUUCUCCUCGGAAAACUCUGCUGUGCGCGUGUUUGCAGGUGUUUUUUUUUCCCCUUGUUUUUCCCUCUCUCUGAGGCGCUUUCAUCGUAGAAAUCCACCAACACGGAGCCGAACGAGGACGACGCACAGCGACCCUCCCUAACCUCCGCAAUCAUGAUGUCGAUGAACAGCAAGCAGCCUUUCAGUAUGCACCCGAUCCUGCACGAGCCCAAGUACACGCCGCUGCACUCCAGCUCGGAGGCCAUCCGCAGAGCGUGUCUGCCCACGCCGUCGCUGCAGGGCAACAUCUUCGCGGGCUUCGAUGAGACGCUGCUGCAGAGAGCCGAGGCUCUGGCCGCGGUGGACAUCGUGGCGCAGAAGAGUCACCCGUUCAAACCAGACGCCACCUACCACACCAUGACCACCAUGACCAGUAUGACCUGCACGCCGACCUCGUCCUCCGCGCACCUGCACCACCCCUCCGUGCUCACCUCCCACCACCACCACCACCCGGUGCACCACCAGCCGUCGCAGGGCCUGGAGGGUGACCUGCUGGACCACCUCACACCCGGCAUCUCCCUGGGAGGCAUGUCGGGCUCGGACGUCUGCUCCUCGGCCUCGCACACCGCCCACGCCGCGCACAUGUCGGCCAUCAACCACAUGCAGCACCACCACCACCACUCGCAGUCCAUGAACAUGCACCCGCACGGACUGGGCUCCCACGGUUCGUUGGGCGGCUCCGGCGUGGACGCGGAGCCGGACCCGCGGGAGCUGGAGUCGUUCGCGGAGAGAUUCAAACAGCGGCGGAUCAAACUCGGGGUGACGCAGGCGGACGUGGGCGCGGCGCUCGCCAACCUUAAAAUCCCCGGGGUCGGGUGCCUGAGCCAGAGCACCAUCUGCAGGUUCGAGUCCCUGACGCUGUCGCACAACAACAUGGUGGCGCUCAAGCCGAUCCUCGAGGCCUGGCUGGAGGAGGCGGAGCGCGCGCAGCGGGAGAAGAUGGCCAAGCCGGAGAUCUUCAACGGCGGCGACAAGAAGAGGAAACGCACGUCCAUCGCGGCGCCGGAGAAGCGCUCGCUGGAGGCGUACUUCGCCGUGCAGCCGCGGCCCUCGUCGGAGAAGAUCGCCGCCAUUGCGGAGAAAUUGGACCUGAAAAAGAACGUGGUCCGGGUUUGGUUUUGUAAUCAGAGGCAAAAGCAGAAACGGAUGAAGUUUUCCGCCACGCACUGAGAGAAAACAAAGACAAAGACAAAUCAGAGACAAACAGCUGCUGCAUCACUGUCAGAAAAACACAAAAAACAAGGUACACCGUUGUGCCUUUUUUACUCAUUUCAUCAUUUUCUGACGUAAAAAGUCACUUUUUUUCUCUGAAAUGACAUUUAUGAGGUAUUUUCUUUGGCUCCAGAGUCUGAAGAGGAAACAAAGUAUUCAACACAAACCACAAGAUUGUUUUACAUUUUUUAUCUUCACCUUUGAUUUUUUUUAUAUAUAUAAA